GUCACUCAUACAACAUUAUACAAUAAUCAUGUCUACUCGAUUCAAAGCUGCUGAAGAAGCUACACAACGAUCAACUGAUAAAAAGAUCAAAGAUAAACGUAUCAAUAAACAACGUGUCAUGUUAUUGUCUUCUAGAGGCAUUACAUACCGUCACCGUCAUUUGUUGACCGAUUUGGAAAAUUUCUUGCCUCAUUCCAAAAAAGAUGCUAAACUCGAUACCAAGUCUGAUCUGUACCUAUUGAACGAACUCGCUGAACUCAACAACUGCAAUAACGCCAUUUUUUUCGAAAUCCGUAAACGUCAAGAUCUCUACUUGUGGAUGUCCAAGACUCCUAAUGGUCCUUCUGUCAAAUUCCAUGUUCAAAAUUUACACACGAUGGAUGAAUUAAAGAUGACCGGCAAUUGUUUGAAAGGAUCACGCCACGUGUUAUCAUUCGACAAGAACUUUGACAGUGAACCUCAUUGGCAAUUAUUGAAGGAAUUAUUAGGACAAGUAUUCAACGUACCCAAAGGAAGUCGUCGCAGCAAACCUUUUGUGGAUCACGUCUUGUCUUUCUCUAUUGUCGAUAAUCGUAUUUGGUUCCGCAACUAUCAAAUCUUGGAAAAGACCCCACAAAAUACUCCCAAUUUUUCAUUAGAGGAUAAGAAGAAUGAUCUGUCUUUGGUGGAAAUUGGUCCUCGAUUUUGUUUGACUGUCAUUCGUAUCUUUGAUGGUUCUUUUGGUGGCCCUACUGUCUUUGAAAACCCUGAAUUUGUCCAUCCCAACUAUAUUCGAGCUGCCAACCGUAAAAGUCACAAUCAAAAGUAUGCCAUUCGACAAGCCAACAUCAAGCAACGUCAAACAAGACUCAUGGAAGCAGAAGGUGAAGAAACUGAACUCAGUAACAAGAAUGUCUUUGCAUAGAUUUCUCUCCCUCUUUUUCAUCAUCAUCUUAUAGUUUAGUUGUACAUUACUACUUUCAUACACAUACACUCCAUCAUCAUCCCUUUUUAUUAUUAUUAUUUUUUUGCCUCUUCUUUGUCAUCCUUUU